CUUACAGAGAAAGCAAAGGUAGUCUGGAGCAAUAAGUGAAACUCCAAAAGGUUUUUGCCAGAAACAUGGAAAUCUCAUCGUGAGGCACACCGCCGUCUUGGCACACCGGAGGACAUUGUCCUGCUUUCGGUCUUCGUUUUCGAGAAAGGAAACGACCAAAGUUCGAAGACCUUGAAAGAUCCGUAGAGCUGCCCAUUAGAACGAUUCUAAACGAUUGCAGGGAAGGAGUACAAAACCACCCAAAGGUUAAUGAUCAGUGCACUACCCAGAUCACCGUUCCGAGCCGACUUUCUGCGAUGGAUAACGCCAAACAACGGGUGGGAGAUAUGGUUGGCCAAGUGCAGAAUAACAUUACCAUGGCCACCGAAAGCGGUCUGCGCGUGGUGCGCCAGUACUCCGACGAGGGACGCAACAUAGCGAUGCGAGCACUGAACGAAGCAAACAGUGAAGCGGGUCCAAUCCUACGGAAUGCCUGGAGCAGCUUUAUCCAGCUGAUUGAACGACUGAAGAGUACCGCCCGCGAUGUGCUCGAUCCGUCGGUGUUGGUCGAAGAACUGCGCAUCAUAUUUCGAGACGAAAUUGCACGGCAUAAUGCGUUCCUGUUACUGAUCGGUCUCGGAUUCGGUACGACCGGUGGGUUCAUGCUCGGUAUGUGGCUCGCCCGACCCCACCUACCAACGCCGAUCAUGAAGUCGAUCGCUUCCACCUCGUUCCGCGAUCCGGACAACGUAGUCGUCUGCCAAACGGCCGUCCCACAGUUCCAAUCGUCCUCCGAUAUCUUGGUGCGCGUCAGGGCUGCCUCCCUGAAUCGUAUCGAUCGACGCAUUGCCUUCGGCUACGGGCGAACCCUUCGGCGGCUGAUACGAUCGUACAACAGCACGUACGACCCGGAACUUCCGCUCGUGCUGGGUCGAUCCUGUGCCGGUAUCGUGGAAGCCGUUGGCAAUGGGACCAAAAGUGGGCUAGAAAUCGGUGACGAAGUGUGGCUCGCGACGCACUGGUACGAGGCGGGCGUUGCGUCGGAAUUUGUCGUCGUCCCGGAAACGCGCGUCUCGCGGAAACCAUUUCUGAUCGGAUUCGAGGGUGCCGCCAGCUUGCCGUACAGUGGCUCGAUUGCACUGAAUCUGCUCGACUGCCACCGGCUGACCGAACACACGUGCAGCGGUCGGCGCAUAUUGGUGCAGGAUGCAUGCUCUCCGGUCGGAUGUGUCAUCACGCAACUGACCCACAAAUGGGGCGCUCACGUUGCGGUCACUUGCCACACACGCUCGGUGCCAGUCAUCAACAAUUUGGGUGCCGCGGACAUCAUUACCUUUGCCAACGAGCACUUUCGGUCCAACUUUAUCGACGUAAACGUGGACAAGUCAAACUUUAUCAACGAACUGGCGAGCAGGGAGAAGUUUCACUUCAUCUUUCUCACCACACGGCUCGGGUACGAUUACAAGUUCCUGGAAAAAUUUCUCACCAAAGACGGGAUGAUUGUGGACGCGGUCGAACCGGAACUAUCGACCGAUGACUACGGCGUGGUCGGUCGCUUCUUUCUCGGAAGCUACGUAAAGUUUCGGCGCGCGAUGGCUUUCCUCUGCCGCACCCAUGUCGACUGGGGCGGACCGCACCUUUGCCACCGGAUGCUGGAACGGUUGGCCGGCUUCGUGAACGAUGAAACGCUGAAAACGGUGGUCGAUAGGGUCUACACCCCGAGUGAAGUCGAACGGGCGCUGGAACAUAUCUGCAGUGAGAAAAGUAUAGGCAGUACCAUCAUCACCUUCCGUUAGAGAGUGUGUGCGACAAAUAAGCGGCAAUCAAACAAGACUUACAAACCAAUUUUACUGAUCGACCGAAAUAGGGGAAGAUGCGUUUUGUGAUCA